GAUGAAAGUUUAGAUGGUUCAGUUGGGUUCAAGUCGAGUACGACGAUUGUUGUGUAAACGGAGGCUGGAAAAAAGUUAUUUGCAGUUAAAUAAAACCCGUUGUAACUUUUUCUUUUUCAUUUUGAUCCAUUUCACAAGCUUUCAUGAUCAUGAAAUAGUAAUACAAAUUUCCUUUCAGUCUAGACUAACAUAAAAUUCAUUAUUAAAUCAAUCUCAUUGCUAUCGGAAACCAUGAGGCGUUGAUUAUCGCGUGUAUUUUGUUUGAUAAACGCGGCAAAUCGAGAAUAUAGAAAUGGCAGCAGCUAGUGAAGCACCAAUGCGAAUUAUACCAUCUUACGUAUCAUCUAAUGGUUAUUAUGGUUACGUUCCACCGAUCAAUGAGCCGGCCAAGCAUCAUAACAAUUACCAAGAUCUACAGCAACAAAAUCAAAAUCAACCGACUGUUAGUUAUACAAACAAUCACAGUUUUAAUGAUGUAGCAGCUUGUCAUCGUCACAAUCAGCAACAUUAUGAUUACAAUAAUAGUCUAUCAGCUAUGGAAACUGAUGAAGAAAAUUGUAUUGAAGGUGAAUAUUGUCAGAAUAGCCAUCGCGUGCUUCCAGUGACGGAAAAGCAUCUCAACGAUGAUGAUUGUGGGGGUGGCGUCGGCUUCAUGUACCGGGUGGCCCAUUCUGAGAACAAUUACCUCACGAACGUAUCUCAACGCGUCAACAGGAAACGCAACAGUUAUGAUGAUCCUGCACUUCUUGGACAGAUGAAAAAGUUAAGACAAGACGGUGGUAACAAACGUGUUUGCCAUGGUACAGGAAGUAGAAGAGAACUUGGAUCGACCGCGGUGUAUAAUGAGCCGACAUCAAUAUGCUUAGUUUUCAACAGAACUAGUCCCCAAAAACGGUUCCCCAGGAUGGUAGAUGGUCGCUGCACACAAGCAGUAGGUAAUAACUGUCUCUUAAUACAUGAUAAGCCUCGAGAAAAUAUUCAUGAGGUACGAGAAAACCCAAUCACAAACGCAUAUAAUGUAGAAUAUGAAACAAUGUUAAUGGAGACGCAUGGCUGCUCAGUUUAUCAUCAUCACCGCCAUCAUCUACUAGGCACUGGCACUUUCGAAGCUGAAUUUUAGAUUCACCUUUAAAUAAAUGACUUAUAAUUAAGAUUUAAACAAACAUGACUUACUAUUUAUACUAAACAAAAAGUUAGAGAACUAUUUGUUAUACAGUUAUUGUUAAGAUUCAUUAAGGAAACUAAGGUUUUAGGAUUUAAUUAUAAGUUUGUGUGCAAGAAAAAUAAAAUAAAAA